UUGCCGCCUCAGAGGAGACGUGGUUGUAAUUAAGUAAACCUGGGCCUGAGUUGGCAGAGUCCUGUCUCGCGGAGUCCUCCGUCCUCGCCGAGUGGGAGGGUCACACGGGGAGAGACUAAUAAGGGCAGUGAUGCGUCCCCCUUCCCCACUCGCAGGGCUCUCACUGCUCGCGGUGCGGCAGCCGCGCGCGGACUCUGCUGCGCCUCCGAGGGGGCCAGGCACGCGGUCAAGAUCUGUGGCCACUGGUUCCCAUGGUUUCCAGGCACCAUGAGGCACCCUGGCUCUUGGAAACUUUGGCUCUGGGCAGCACUUCUCCUGCUUCCUGCUUCCACUUCCGUGACGGUUAGGGACAAGCCAGAAAACCAGUGUCCUAUACUGAGAACAGAGGAGCAUCAGUUUACACAAGACAAUGGAGAUAAACUUGAAGUUUCAGGUUUUGACCUAGGAGAGAGCUUUUCUAUGAGACGUGUAUUUUGUGAAGGUGAUAAAACCUGUUUCAAAUUGGGAAGUUCUCUUCUUAUUAGAGACACCAUUAAGGUAUUUCCCAAAGGCCUUCCUGAGCAUUUCGCGAUGGUGGCCAUGUUUCGGGUACGAAGAAGCACCAAAAAGGAACGGUGGUUUCUGUGGCAGGUUUUAAACCAGCAGAAUAUGCCACAGGUGUCUAUAGUAGUUGAUGGUGGAAAGAAGGUGGUGGAGUUUAUGUUCCGAGCUGCCGAGGGAGAUGUGUUGAACUUCAUUUUUAAAAAUCGAGAACUCCGUUCUUUGUUUGAUCGUCAGUGGCAUAAACUUGGCAUUGGCAUACAAUCCCAGGGCGUUUCACUCUAUAUGGACUGUAACUUAGUUGCAAGCCAGAAUACUGAUGGAAAAGGUGCUUUGGACUUUCGUGGAAGGACAAUUAUUAUGGCCCGAGCUUCAGAUGGCAAGCCUGUGGAUGUUGAACUUCACCAACUUAAAAUCUACUGUGACUUGAACUUCAUAGCUCAAGAAACUUGUUGUGAGAUGUCAGACACUAAGUGCCCAGAGCAGGUUGGCUUUGGAAGUACUGCAUCUUUAUCAGUACCUGCGCAUGCCAGUCGAAUGUCUGCAUUUCUGCCAGCAAAGCAGGAACUAACAGACCAGUGCCAGUGUAUUCCAGAGAAGGGAGAAGCAGGAUUACAGGGAGCUCCGGGCUCACCGGGCCAGAAAGGAGACAAAGGACAGCAGGGUGAAGUUGGUCUUAAAGGUGAAUCAGGCGCUCCUGGAAUUCCUGGUGAAAAGGGUGAAAAUGGUUUACAUGGAGUUCCAGGAUUACCCGGUCAAAAGGGAGAGCAAGGUUUUGAAGGCCUUAAAGGAGAAAUUGGUGAAAAGGGUGAACAAGGAGAAAAAGGAGAUCCAGGUUUGGCUGGCGUUAAUGGCCAAGAUGGUUCGAAAGGCGAUGUGGGUCCUCGUGGUCCACCUGGCCCAAAAGGAGAAAAGGGAGAUAUGGGACCUCCAGGACCACCAGCCUUAACUGGUUCCCUGGGGAUACAAGGCCCCCAAGGUCCACCUGGAAAAGAAGGUCAGAGGGGAAGACGAGGAAAAACAGGUCCUCCAGGAAAACCAGGACCUCCGGGACCACCCGGACCUCCUGGAAUACAAAGAGUACAACAGACCCUCAGUGAAUAUUAUCACAAGGGGAAUCUUGAUGAACAUGGAGCUGGUGGCCCAAAAGGAGAGAAGGGUGAAGCUGGACCACCAGGAUUUCCAGGCUCUAUUGGCCCCAAAGGUGAAAAAGGAGAAUCUGGGGAGCCCUUUACAAAAGGUGAAAAGGGAGAUAGAGGAGAACCUGGAAUAACAGGAUCACAGGGAAUAAAGGGUGAGCCUGGAGAUCCUGGUCCCCCCGGUGUAAUAGGAAGCCCAGGAUUAACGGGUCAGCAAGGACCUACAGGCCCUAUAGGCCCCAGAGGACCACCAGGAGAUGUUGGAUUGCCAGGAGAACAUGGUAUCCCAGGAAAACCAGGCAUUAAAGGAGAAAAGGGAGACCCAGGUGGGAUUGUAGGCCCUCCUGGACUUCCAGGUCCAAAAGGUGAGGCUGGUCCUCCAGGAAAAAGCCUGCCAGGGGAACCAGGAUUAGAUGGAAAUCCUGGAGUACCUGGUCCACGAGGACCAAAGGGGGAAAGAGGACUGCCUGGUGUCCAAGGUUCCCCAGGUGACAUAGGCCCACCAGGGGUAGGAAUUCCUGGCCAAACAGGCUCCCAAGGACCAGCUGGAGAGCCAGGUAUUCAGGGUCCUCGAGGUCUCCCUGGGUUGCCAGGAACUCCAGGGACUCCAGGGAAUGAUGGAGCUCCAGGAAGGGAUGGAAAGCCAGGUCUGCCAGGCCCCCCAGGUGACCCGAUUGCUCUUCCUCUCUUGGGAGACAUCGGGGCCUUGUUCAAGAACUUCUGUGGCAACUGCCAAGCCAGUGUGCCUGGGCUGAAAAGCAACAAAGGAGAAGAAGCAGGUGCUGGUGAGCCUGGGAAGUUUGAUUCCAUUGUCCAUAAGGGCGAUGCAGGGCCACGGGGUCCUCCAGGAAUUCCAGGCAGAGAGGGACUAAAGGGGAGCAAAGGAGAGCGAGGCUACCCUGGGAUACCUGGGGAGAAAGGCGACGAGGGUCUUCAAGGAAUUCCAGGCAUUCCAGGUGCUCCUGGCCCAACUGGACCCCCUGGCUUGUUGGGAAGAACGGGUCAUCCUGGUCCCAUGGGAACAAAGGGUGACAAGGGCAGCGAGGGACCUCCUGGGAGACCCGGACCACCUGGACCACCUGGUAUACCAUUCAAUGAAGGGAAUGGAAUGAGCAGUUUAUAUAAAAUCCAGGGAGGUGUGAAUGCUCCCAGUUUUCCUGGGCCACCUGGCCCCCCUGGCCCCAAAGGUGAUCCUGGCCCAAUGGGAGAACCUGGUGCAAUGGGACUGCCAGGACUUGAAGGAUUUCCAGGUAUAAAGGGAGAUCGCGGCCCAGCAGGUCCCCCAGGAGUAGCCGGAAUGUUGGGGAAACCUGGAGUCCCAGGGCCUCCAGGAAUUCCAGGAGAACCGGGGGAGAGAGGACCUGUUGGAGAUGUAGGUUUCCCUGGACCAGAAGGACCUUCCGGAAAGCCUGGAAUAAAUGGCAAAGAUGGAUUACCAGGUGUGCAGGGCACCAGGGGUAAGCCUGGAGAGAGAGGCCCCAAGGGAGAGCGGGGUGAUCAGGGAAUUCCAGGGGACAGAGGCCCACAAGGUGAACGAGGAAAACCAGGCCUUCCUGGCAUCAAGGGGGCCAUAGGUCCUGUAGGGCCCCCAGGAAACAAGGGAUCACCAGGAUCCCCUGGGCACCAGGGCCCUCCUGGCCACCCAGGCCUCCCUGGCACUCCGGCGGAUGUGGUUUCAUUUGAAGAAAUAAAGAAGUAUAUUAAUCAAGAAGUCCUGAGGAUUUUUGAAGAGAGGAUGGCUGUGUUCCUAUCCCAGCUCAAGCUACCAGCAGCAAUGCUGGCUGCUCAAGCUCAUGGGAGGCCUGGUCCACCAGGAAAGGAUGGGUUACCUGGGCCACCAGGAGACCCUGGACCCCAAGGCUACCGAGGACAGAAGGGAGAAAGAGGGGAGCCGGGAAUUGGGCUUCCAGGGAAUCCGGGUCUUCCUGGGACUUCAGCUCCAGGCUUGCCAGGCUCACCAGGGGCCCCAGGGCCCCAAGGCCCCCCAGGACCUAGUGGAAGAUGUAACCCAGAAGAUUGCCUCUAUCCUGUAUCCCACGGCCAUCCACGGACAGAUGGGGAGUAAGCACCCCCAGAGGAAGACGUGGUUCCGAGGCAUCUCUCCUUGCUGCUGGAGUUUCCUUCAUACUAUCAAACCCUCAUGAUAUGUGGGUGACUUUUUUUUAUGUAGGCCAGACAUUAAAAGCAAAUAUUGGAAUCCUAUUCCAAUAGGAUAUGUGAUAUCAGCCUUUUUAAAAUUUUUCCAAAUUCAUUCCAUUUGUUUUGCUUCACCAUUGUUAUGAUUUUUAUUCAGGGUUUUCUAUGAAAUACGUAAGCAAAUCUUAUCAUUAGUUCUUCUUCAAGAGGAAAUGACAUCUAUGAUUGGUAGCCUGAUGGUGAUGUACUUUUUAUAGUCUCAUCAAAUUGCAUUCGGCCUUUGGUUUUUCAGUUUUAAAGUUUCAGACAAAGUUUUCUUGGUGUUUAAAUUUACUAUCAUUGCUAAAAACUUCAUCAACUUUUUUGAUGUAGUGUGUGGCUCCUGCUGAAUGUUUUUUGACUACUUCUUAUAGUUUAAGAAUUCUUAUGCUAUCCUAUAUCCAUUCUAAUUAUGCAGAGAAAUAGGCAAUAAGAGCUUCACUUCAUAACAUAUUUUUUUGGGGAAAAAAAAAAAAACCAGGAGGCUGUUUUAUCAGGGAGCCCAAUAUCUACCAUAGCCAACUACUGAAAUGAUAUUAAUUCUGUGCAAUGAGCUCAAUUGAAAGCAACCCCACUGGCAUGAGUAUGUACUGCUCAUGCAUAAGAGAGGAAGAAAAACAGCAAAGCCUAGCACUGAGGUCCCUUCACUGAGUUUCUCUUGUGGGAAACAGCUAUUUUCCCUAAGAGGUGUUUGGUGGUGAAGGCACCAAGCUCUCUUUGUACUUUUGAAGCUUAAAAGGGCCUUGCAAGGUCUUUGGACCCCCGUAUCCGUUAUCCCUCUGACCUCAUCACGCUCAGACUUGAAGAACCAGCCAUCAGAGCAAAGGAUGGGAUUUGUGGCAACUGGGAAAGAAACCCCCUUUUCCUAGAAGACAAAUGUGUGAUGUCAGCCAAUGCCUAUGGACAAGCUGAAGCCUGGAACUGCUUACUGGAGAACGAUGUUUCUCAGAAGUUGCAGCAAGAGGUGCAAGGGCAGUAAAAGAGACGGAAUAUGCAACCAGCACAGAGACCAACGAGUCCAUGCCCUUUAGCGGAGACAGGCGCUACCACACCAAAUCCUCUGACUGGAAAUGAAAAUACAUGAUCACCAACCACAUGGCUAGAUGGUAGUUUUAUUGCCUGGCUCUUGUGACUUUGAGAAGCUGUUAGUGGAAAAUAAACGAUUUUCUAGAACACUGGGCAUGAGGAUGUUGCUGAAAUCUAAGUGAUGAGACCCAGGGAUCCUAAAGGCGCCGCGCACAGGGCCCUCCUACCUCGAACCUCUGAGGCCACGACUCUGCUGGGAGCAGCGCAGAUUCCAAUUUGGCUCGAGCCGGCUAGGCUGAUUGCUUUUAUCUCUUAAUUGAAAAAUGAGUUGGAAAGGCAAGCCCACUGAAGUUGGAAAAAAAAAAAAAUGUGAACAGGGUCGUGCAGGGAGCGUGCCUCCAUGAUGGCAGGCUUUGUUCAAACGCUCCCAAGGCUUGAACUGGUUUUCAUUGUAGAUGGAGGAACUGCUGGUCAGGUAGGGUCUACGUGACCAUGCAUACCUGCAACCUUUUGAUUAUUUCAUGUUGAAUUACGCUGUAUAUUUCACUUCUAAGUUUAUUUAUUUUUCUCUUCCAAGGUCAUUUUAUUUAUUUCAAGUGUUUUUAACUUUAAAUUGAUUUUCUUCAUUUUCUUUCCUGUGCAAUACUGACAAUGGUGCUGUGUUUUAGACUUAACACAAUCGUAAUAUACAUAGGCAUUUUCUUAGUAAAAUGAUUAUUUAUCCCCCCAAAAUGUACAGAGAUCUAAAAUCUGGUGCUAUGUGUAUAU